AUGGAGUUCAGAGAUCUAAAACUCAAAAGUCGAGAGUCAAGCCCUAUUUUUCAAUUUUGCAUCUUAUUCUCCAGCACACAACGCAGCCACCACAGACCACACCAGCCAGCCCCAUCUCCAAUCUCCAUCAGCCAUCAAAGCCUCCUUCCUCUACCCCUGCUUCUUCUCUCUGCCUCACCAGCCAGCCCCAUCUCUAAACUCCAUCAGCCAUCAGCCAUCUCCACUGGGAAUUGGACGACCUUAAGCUCCUGGAAAAGCCAGGGGAAGGAGUUGGGCUUGGAGUUGCUGGGCUUUAAGGAGAAGGCGAGAUAUUUGGCUCGAGACAAAGGUGAUAAUGGAAAGGCUGCUCUUUUGGAAAGUGCUGUUGGAUUGAAUCUCUCUUUGGCUAUGAACGUUGCAAGGUAUCUUUCCGCUGAAUCGCUUCCGGGUCUUGUUGAUAAGGUUAAGUAUAUGAAGGAAAUAUUCUUUUCUGGCAGUAAUGGUAGGGGGCUUGUAGGCAAAAACGCUCACCAAAUGAUGAUGCAGCUGUCAAUUCCAAUUAGUGAAGAUUUGCAACAAAAUUUGUCAUUUUUCGAAAAGGUCUGGUAUACCUAUUCCAAAAUUGAAUAAUCUAUGUUUUUUUUUUUUUUUUUGUGAAACUGCAAUUUUCUUUACCUUAGUAGGUUUAUGGUGACUUUAUCACAACCUUUUGCUACUGGGGUCAGAAAUAUAUUUAUAUAUAUAUAUAUAUUAUAGCUACAUAUAUCUCGGGGAUUAAUUAUUUGCUUCUUUGUUUUUCUUUUUUCUGACAUUGAAUUAUUAAUCGCUUCCUUUUUUUUAAUCUUUUCCAAGCAUCAACAUGGAAUGGGACCAU